AUGUCGCAGCCAUGUCAUUCAUUGGGCAACGACUGUACAGGUGAAUCCAAUCCAUAUUGUGCCGAACUCACCCGACGGCACGACGCUGCUAAUCAGGGUGUGCAUGGCCAUGAAAGGAUCAAGAGGUACCAUGGCCUUUGUCUGUGUGUGUGUAUGUUGCUUGGGGUGUACUACCAGUCGCCGGCUGCAGGUGCAAAUCCCAAGGCGACAUCCAUCGAAGAAGUUGGUUUUUCAGCAGCUGCGACACCCGACCUUGCCAUUUCUCCCAUGCAGGUGUUGUUGAGUGUCCGGCAACGUAUCGCUUCUGCGGCUCUGCGGUCAACCAGCAUUCCUUCAUGCACUGAGAAACAACGUCCACAGGUUUUGGACUGUGCGACGACCCUGUGUUCCUUGGAUUUGGACGAGGAAGCACCAUACAUAUCCCCCAACGAGACAGUGUCCUUGAAUCAGUCGGUCAUGGAAGAUGGGAGAGCAACGGAUUCUCACUUUCCUGGCAAUGUGCCUGAGGGCCACAUCACAUUGAACCUAGAAAGAUCCGAGCAGGAAAUUGACAUCAUCAACGACGUGGUGCAUUACAAGAGUGCGUACUAUGGCACCAUCAUGGUGGGCAAUCCGCCGAAGCCCUUCACCGUCGUCUUCGACACAGGGAGUGGGCACUUGAUACUGCCAAGCUCGUAUUGCCACACUGCCACCUGCAAAGUGCAUCGCAGGUACAGGCGGAGCUCCUCAAGUACUGCGCGAGACAUUGACUGGGACGGCCGCGUGGUCAAAUCCGGUGAAGCUCGUGACCAGAUCACCGUGUCCUUCGGCACUGGUGAGGUGACUGGUGUGUUCAUGGAGGAUGACCUAUGCUUCGGGCAGCGCGGUCCGGGCAUGGAUAAGAGCAGCGCAAACGUGCCGGUUUCAGGCCAAGGCGGCGAAAGCUGUGUCAGCAUGCGCUUCAUUGCAGCAACUGACAUGUCCGCGGAUCCUUUCAAGGAUUUCGUCUUCGACGGUGUCCUGGGCCUGGGGUUGGAAAGCCUGUCGCAGACAUCAGCUUUCAAUUUUCUGCAGGUCGCCUCCGGCCUGACAAGUGCGCGUGGGAGCGACUUCAGCAAAACCUUUGGCAUCUUCCUGGCGACUCACAACGAGGAGACGAGCCAAAUUACGAUGGGUGGCUGGGCUGAAGAGCACUUACAAGAAGAGGUGAGCUGGAGUCCUGUGCUUGACCCGGAAUUGGGCCACUGGCUCCUGAAGAUCCAGGCGAUCUGGAUCGACGGUGAGAAGCUGCCUUUCUGCGACGAGGGCUGCAAGGCCGUGGUCGACUCUGGCACAUCACUGCUCGCAGUUCCGACUCCAAUUUUUCCGGAGCUGUAUGAACGACUGAGGGCCCCGGCGUCUUUGUCGGGUGACUGCUCGUCGCAGAGUCCGAGUCUCAAGAUAGAGCUGGAUGGCUUCACACUCACCUUGGACGGGGAGGACUUCAGCCGGCUCGACCAAAAGGGCAGCGCGCGUGGACCAGCUUGGGGGCAAUCUCAGACACCUGCAGAGGGCGCGACGCGACGGGACAUGAUGUGCAAGCCGAUGCUCAUGGUGAUGGAUCUGCCAGAGCCGAUUGGGCCGAAGCUCUUCAUCCUCGGCGAGCCGGUGCUAAAGAAGUUCUACACGGUCUACGACGCGGAGACGAAGCGCAUUGGCUUCGGCCGAGCAAGACAUGCUGUACCGUCUUCUGAGAUUGAAAGCGACAGCUGGUGGAACGCCGCGGAAGAGGAGCUGGCCAAGGAGGUGGGUUCUUCUGGUGCAUGA